CUAUAGAGGAGAGGAGGGAGCUUUGUAGAGGCGCACACUGCUGCUGGACUUUCACUCUUCUCUCGACUGCUACCCAGAGAACACCUAGCCUCUUCGCCCUCAGCUCCCCCACCCAGGACCAUGGACGUGAAAGUGGUGGCCUUGGUGACCUUGCUGGUGGCAACACUUGCGCUCUCCGAGGGAAAACCACUCAGUCUGAGCUACAGAUGUCCCUGCAGAUUCACUGAGAGCAAUGUAGCCAAAGCCAACAUCAAGCAUCUCAAAAUCCUCAACACACCCAACUGCGCUCUCCAGAUCGUGGCAAGACUGAAAAACAGCAGCAGACAAGUAUGCAUUGAUCCAAAAUUAAAAUGGAUUCAAGAAUACCUGGAGAAAGCUUUAAACAAGGGGCGCAGACAAGCAAGAGUGGGGAAAAAAGAAAAGAUAGGAAAAAAGAAGAGAGAGAAGAAAAGAAAGGCUGCUCAAAAAAGGAAACACUAGUUGCCCAUUGCUGCCCUGGAAAGAUGGAUCCCCCAACCCCUCCAAUAUGCUCUGAUAUUUAUCCUCGGCGUUUUGUAAGCUUGCUCUAACCUCCCACUCAAGGCUGCCUCUGGUAAAGAAAGAAACAGCCCCGACUGGCACUUGCGGCUGACCUUGUAUCUGCCUUCCAGUGACUGAGCAACUUUUCGAGCUUUGAUGGUAUGCGUGCUUUCUCUGGGGCCUUUCUUGGCCCACUUAACUUAUGAAGACAGUAGUUGUCUUUCAGAAAUGGGGGUCAUGAUCUUUAAGACCCAGUCAGCUUUCCCCAGGACUUUUUCCCCCCUAAAAUUGACUGAGGGUUCCAUGUUAGACUUGCAUCUCUGAAGUUCUCAAUUCAGAGCCCUCUAAUAUGCUCUGCAGUCUCCCAGUCCUAAAAUGACCCAGUUAAGGAUGCCUAUCCAAGCACCAAUACAAGUUCACUUUGCAUGCCUGCUGACUUGGGGGAGGGGGGAACUUCAGAGUCCCAGCUCUCUGAAUCAAAAGCGUGACACACGUGGAACAGCAGACAAACAGCCAGGAGGAAAAACAAAAACAAAAAUGAGACUAGGCAUUAAAAUCUUGUUUUCUUCUGUUAAGCUCUUAAGGAAGGGCACCAAGUGCAGGGCAAAAGAAGCUCAACUUCAGUGCUUGGGUCAAUAUUCACUCCAUCUUGAUUGCAGCUAAUAAUGGUGCUCUAUCCUCUGGCUCCUGGUUUCCAAUUGCACUGAUGAGACACUCUUGAUUGAUAGAUAUCCUUUCCACCAUUGUGCCUGAUGAUCUUCAUUAAUGCCCCAGCCUCCCAGCCUAUGGGUUCAGUCUUUCCUGUUACCUCAGGGCUUGGGUUGGAGGUGGUAAUGGUUUAUGUUAGUGCUUCUUGCCAUUUGUUGAUAAGCAGAAGGACCCAGAGGAAAACUUCUGAUCAAAGUGUCCUGAUGAGCUGACUGCUGGGUAAUCUGUUGUGGAUGCUCCCUUUCAAAUAUCAUCUCUGUAAUUAAAAGAGGAACACUGGGAGCCACUUCCUUGCUAUGGAAAGGACCCACAAUCUGGGUCAAGAAAACACCACUGUGAUAUUCUCACAUUCCUUUUGUGAGGCAGAUAGGCCCUUUCCCCUGGUCUCCGCUCUUUUUGAGAACUGAGUGAAAAUGCUUCUGGAUGUAGAAUAGAAUCCAAUGGAUUCAUGGUCCAAGUGGUCAAAUUUUCUAUUUAGGUGAAAUAAAUGGCCAGGGGAGAGGAUGGGGGUGCCCAUUGCCUUAUAAUAGUCCUCCCUCUAUCUAUAUCCUUGAAGAUUUGAGAAUGAAGGAGUGAUUCCUGAAGUCUUUUCUUCUACUUUUUUCCUUCAUCUUUACCCCUUCCCCCUCAACUCACCAUUUUAAUAAAUUCCAGAAAGGCAGAUGGAUAGAGUUGGGGGAAUAUAGGAUGGAAAGAGGAAGGAAAGAUGAGAUAAAAUAACACCCUGACAUAAAGGAAUGCCAAAUUCAUUGUGAUCAAAGUGGUGUCAAGCUCCUCUCAACACUUUGAAUGCCUCUGUUGUAUUUUUCGGCAAAUUCAAAUUAUUCAUUUUCCUCAUUGGGAAAAAAAAGCGUCUAGAGAGCCCAGCUAAAAUUCCACAAAAGAACAUUUGUUUCUCAGUCAUUCACCAUUUGAUCUGAGAUAAUAGCCAGAUUGCUGCUCCACAAUUGAUGGGAGGGGAGCUCUGAUGAUAGCAAUCUAAUAACCUUUGGGCGUGGAGUAAUAUCUUCCUUGGAAAGAGCUCUAUUGUUGGAGACUGGACUACAAGGAAUUGGGUUUAUGGUCCUCAUUCCCCUCCCAAAUUCUAAAGACACCUGGCUGACACAACUAGUGAUGAAAUAUCAGGAGGAAUGGCUACAUUCCUUGGAGACCCAAUGGGAACCCUGCUCAGGAAAAGAGGUGGUUAAGAUGGCCACAUGAUAUGUUGGAAGCCCGUGCUUCAUAACCAAAUCAUUGCUCGUGACAAAAUGGUUUUCAUUAAUUCAUCAAAGUGCAGAAACGAUGCUUAGCUGCUGGAGUAUAAAGGAUAAGGUUGGCUCAGGCCCCGGAGCAUGAUGGAAAACAAUUUAGCUUCUUGGAACCAACAGGUGGGGGUGAAACAUGUUAACGAAGCUUGCUGUGUGAUGAUGGAAAAUUAUGCUUUCCAUAUUGCAACUGAGAAAAGAGCUCCUUGGUUCUGCCACUGUGGAUUCUUCUGUGGAUUUCUGACUCCAGCAUUCUUCUUCCUGUGCCUUUCUAAGAAGAUGCCAGUUGAAUUCCUUGGAUAUGCUUGGGAAACAUGCCUGAGUCAAAGGGGGAGGUGAAAUAGCUUGGAUCUUGAUUUACAUGGUCUUAUGCCACCUUCCUAAAUGCUACCCAUCUUUAUAGCACUUUAUCUGGCUAAGUGGCUUUUGCAAAUGUAUUCUUCAGCAGUAUUGAUCCUAAUUUACUUGAGACAAUGGGGAAGUAACUGGUCCAAGCUCAAAUAGGAAAGAGCAAGUAUUUUCACUGCCUUUUUGAGUUUUCAAUCUCUAGCAUAAUCUACUGAACUCAUCCUCAAGAGCUGUGUUCCCUUUAAAUCUAACCUAAGACAAUAAGAUACAGAAUAAUGGCAUUAUAUGUGUUAAGGAUCAUCAUAUUAUAAAUCAAGGGGGUCUUCUCAGAUUCCUUUCCUGGGGCUCUUCACUCAUUCCUUGCCUCUCCUGUAUCUUCAUUGCCUCGUUAGAUGAAAAUAACAUAGAUAUGGCAGCUAGAGGGAACCAGAUGCUUAGCAGGAUAGAGCUUCAUUUAAAUGCAGGAUUGCUGGCUUCUAAGGUAGCCUGGUUGGGUAGCAAUUAAAGGUCAUCGUCUUUGUGUAGCAGCACAAACUGUUCAUGUGGUAUGUCAUGGUGAUCUUGGGUACAAGGGUGUUGACCAAAUCCAUGUGCUUGGGAGACCCAGAGAGUGAGACGUGAAUCCAUCAGCACAUGUGCUCCGAAGUCCAUAAACAACUUUCUCAUCACCUGGCCAAUUCAACCCCUUCUGGGAAGCUGUUUGUGUAAGUAUUACUACCUGUGAAUCCUGCUCAAGAUCUCAGGUCAAUGAAUGCAUUUUUCCUUUAUUCAUACUGCACUGAUUCUUUAAAAUGAGGUUAUCACCAAAGACCAAUUUCUGUUUUAUUCUGUUGGACCAAAACUUGUCCUGUUUCCUUGUCAAUUCGUCCAUGUCUUUAGUCCUUGCUUGUGUCUUCCACCUUCCUCUUCACCUCCUUAAUAAUGACCAUUGUACUAACUCUGAACUGCCUCCACUCCCCAGCCAGAGUGAUGUGAGACCCUUUGUUUCUAGGGUCUUUUCCAAAAGGAAGAACAUCACAUGAGAUUUUGAAGUAAUUCUUGAAACGCCAACAUCAAGGGCAUUCCAAGCAGGCAUUGAUGUUUGAACCUUGAUGGAACCUUACCAAAUGACUACCUGUCUUUGACUAGGGUCCAAUGAUGACUAAGCCUUUAGUCGGAAUUUGCCUUAAUGGUAUUUCACUCUGUUCUUCAUCAACAGGAGGUUCAAGAUGUAAAAGGCACGCAUUGUAAGACUGAAGCCUGAAGGAUUUCUUACUGUAGGACCAGAAAGCAGAUAACAAGUAUUAGGGAAGGAAUGCUCAUGGCUGUCACCAGGCAGUCUAGGCACGGCUAAUGCAUUUCAAAGGCUCUGUUUUGCACAAAUCCCGGCUUGCUUUCACUGUAUUAUUAUGUAGCAAGAUAUAUGGUGUUUAUUUUUUAUUAAGUUUGUUCUAUUGAAUGUCACUGGUGACAGAUAUGAACUCAUUAGGCUAAGUUCUUUAUUUUUACUUAUGUUAUCAUUUUCUGGGUGAGCCCUAGUUUAAAUUGCACUCAGUGUUUGGGGCACACCAAGAGUUACUGGGUUUUAUAGAUAAAUAUAAGGCAGGACAUGAGCUGCAAUAUGUGCCAAGAUCUUUACCUAAAGAGUGUGACUUACUGACAUGAAGGAUAUGGCCAUUUUAGGAAUAUCGGCCCAGAAGAACAGCCACCCGUGUCGACCCAGUAUUAGGCGGACGGAUGGCCUGAUUUUUUUUAAUCAGUAUGCUGCUCUUGAAUUAAUCCCCUCUCUUCAUGUGAGAACAGAAGAGCAUCUUCUCAGAUCAAGGGGAUCAUAGAUGCUCACAAGGUUGGCCUAUGACUAGCCACUGUCAAAAAUGUGAGGGCAGAGCAGGGCUACGCCAUUCAUGUUGUCACCUGCAUCCCAUCAUUUUCUCCUCAUUUCCAUUUUAUUUCUCCAUCCAUCACCAUGUGUAUCUGAGACUGUCUUUGUCCAUGGCACAGAAAAAGAAAUCUCUCAAGAUUAUACUUUUCAUUGGAACAGAACGUUGAAAAAAAUAAGUGGAAAAAUGUUAUAGCCCAAAGGUGUGCUGCCAAUGGUGUGUGUUCCUGGUGUGUCUUGUGUGGAAUAUUGUCAAAAUGUCAAAAAAAUCUGUGUUUUGUUUAGCAUCGAUGUCAAACUGUAUGCCCAAUGUAACAUUCUGUGUGCUCUUUUGGAAUGCAAAAGCUGGGUGGGACUGAGCAUGUGUACCAUGAUGUCUUGUGACCCCGUUGCCAAUUUGUGUGUGUUUAUAUAUAUCCCUUUGUUUUGGGACUGUUUUAAUUGCCACAGCGAUUUGGGAUAAACUUCCUCAGCAGAGCACAGGGUGAUCAGGUUAGUGGAUGGGUUUACCUUUCAGAAUACUCACUGUGCUGCAGGUUAUCAUAAGUAGAGAGCAUUUUGCAAACUGUGGAAAUCUUCAAAAUUAGAAUGUCCUGGAAAGACUCCAGGGAAAUCCAGGAAAGACCCUUCCUUCUGUGUUGUGAAUAGGAGACAUUUUUUUAAAAAAAGGAACUAGGCACUGGAACAUGAAAUUAUAUUCCAAAUAAGAUUCUGGCUUGGUUGCACACCUUCAAUUAAUCUAGAACUCAAGCCUCCCCCCCCCCCUUUAUUAAGGGGAACUGACACAUUCAUUUUUCAGCAUUGUCCCUUGUCUAGUUCUUUUUAGAAAGGAGUUCUUUGGCCCAAUCUUCUAAAAUGCAUCUGCCUCUUUUCUUUAUUUGAUGCCAUGUUGCCUCAGCCUGUUCCCACCCUAAACUUAGGGGUCUUUGUAGUUCUUGAGAAUUAUAGAUCUUUUUUUCCCUUGAGCUGAGUGACCAAAACAUCACCUUUAUUAAAUCAACAAACACUAAGUGCCUACUAUAUGCUAGGUCCACUCCUAGCUAUUUCUCUUAUCUCAGUUUAAAUCCUCUAUAAAUCUGUGAAAUUAACAAGAAAAGGUGGAGUAUGGACCAGUUGACAGGCCAAGAUAAGCAAUGGGCGGCACAUAAAUUAUGUGUGUACAUAGUGAAAGAAAAAUUGGAUUUUAAAAUUUCUUAGAUUUAAUAAUCUAAAGAACUACUAGUAGCAUGUGUUAAAUAUUUAACAACUUCUAUUUCUUUAAAUCAGAUCUGAUUAGUGGAAGAAAUGGAUUCAAUCAGCUGAAAUAAUUUCUUUUUUCUAGUUUAGACAUCCAGAAUCACUCCCCCAAUCUCCUUUGCUAUGUUAAAAAGCUGUAGACCACAAUAAAUUCCAAGACUUAGUCUUUAUUGGAUGGAUCUUGGCCUUGAAAUUAAGUUGACAUAUCCCUGAUUUAGCGUCUUAAUUACUUAUGAAGCAAAAUUUUGGUGAGAAUGUUUUGUUUUUGCAAAGGAGCUAAAAGAUCUAGAUCUUCCAUCAGGAUUUCCUAGAGAUUUUGAAUCCUGGAUCAGUGAUCCUUUAUUGUGGACUCUGAAAUCCCUAGGUCCUAUAAAUGAAAAGAAAGCUACAUCAAAAAAUUGUUUUUGAAUUUCAGCUAGCUACAGUUUUCUAGGAAAUCUCUUUCUCACCUUUGUCACUAGGGAUGGAAGAAGAGACUGGAAGAAAAAUGCUAUUAUGUAACAAACAAAUCUCCCCCCUCCCCCCAGUUGCCAUUCAUUGAAGCAGCAUUUGCAAAUGAAUAUUCACCAAGUGCUCCUAGAUUUUAGAGAUAUGUGUUUUGUAGACCAAGAGACCAUUCAAUCCCAUGGAAUCAUAAAAGGGCAUUUGUCUUGAUAUGGUAUCUUUUCUACUGAAGUUCUGGCUCCCCACUCACAUUCCUCACAUCAGAAAUGUUGAAUGAAGUAACUAAUUAAACCCAGUUUAUUUUUGUUAAAAAAAAAUAGGACGACUGGGCUCCAAUAUCCUGUACAGCAGCUUGAAUUCCAUCCCAUUGUGGAUCGAAUAUCCAAGCAUCAGGUGAAUAAAUUGAGAGAUAGACAUUCCAGGAUGCUGACACUGAACUUCAUCAAAGAUGGAUUCAGGAAAAGGAAUGCUUUUGGGGUAGGGGCUUGCAUAACUGCUAAUGGCAGCUGUAAGCAGGGGAAGAUCAAAAGAAGGCAGACAACAAAAAACAUAUUUUCAGCAAAUGUCAUCCUUAUCUAUUGUAGAAAACUACAUUUACUCUUCAGCAGGGAGGGGACAUGAGUCAGCAGAAUGAAUCCUAGCUGCAGUUGUGACCUUGGCCCACAACUUAAAUUCCAAAUUCCAGAUGUUGAUUUUUUAAAAAUUGGGAUAAUCUUGUUUUAGGGGGAUGGUGACCUUUGAAUCAAAGGGUAUAUCUGGAGGUGAGACUAACUGGUUUUCUAGAUGGUUUGUGGCUGCCUAUCACCCCUGCAUCACCACUACCCAAGUCCCUUUAAUGUAAGUCGAUUCCUAAAAUCAACCAGGAGUCAUUAUCAUCAUUCUUUGGGAGCUUUAGACCUUGAUCCCUUUGAAAUCCUUCACGGAUACAAGUUGGAAAGGGAAAAACCACCUGAAAAAUGCUCUUUCCCAAAAUGAUAGUUUUAUUUAUUUCUCUAGUUCAAAAUUUCAAGGUUCUGGACAUGACCAACCUAUUGGCACUAUCAAGAGUCCAGAAGGAACCAUUUGCCCUGGAUAUAAUUUUUGUAAAAGCUCAGUCCCUGAUCAAUGAUAUCAGUAUUGUUGUUAUUCUUCUUGUUGUUGUUGAAAUGUGAUAAAUACUGUAUUUUGUAUUAUUUUUAAAAAAGCAAAUCUCCCAUAUAAUGUGAAAACUUUCCUCUAGAAGGCAGCUGUAGUGUAUACAUCAUGCUUCUUUAAAAAAAAAAAAAACUAAACUAAACUAACUCCUUUUGAGAAAGAACAACAUGUUUUUCAUCAAAUUCCUGUCUUUGAUGGAUGUAUAUGCACUUAUCAUUUUCCUAAUAAAGAUCUGUAUUCAAACAUAA